AUGCUUGGGUGGCUAUUAUUUUCUGUAUUUCUUUAUGCAGCGUAUAAAACAAAUCCCGAUAAUAUCUCUUUCGGUAGCUAUAUUACGUCCGACAACAAGAAUAAAAAAAAUCAAUCGAACGCAAUUUCUUCUUUUAUCACUGGCAUUUUAAGUAAUAAACCUCGUGUUCCAGAAUUUAAACGCGACGAUUACUUGUGUUUCAGCAUAGUUACUUUAGGAGACGGUAGCGCCACUUAUCUCGGGGUUUUUGGUGUCUGGUUUGUCUUAAGACUUGAGAUGCAGUCGUUAGAAAAUUUGGCCACUAAUGAAAAGAAUCAAGCUAUUAAAGCAAAAGGAGCGCGUGAUUGUGAGUUUUUAAUUGACGAAUCUGCUGCAAAACAUUACUUGUCAGCCGCGAAACGAUUUCAAAGUGUGGGUGAUGAUCAUAAUCAAAUUGAGGCUGGUGGCUGCUAUGAAAAUGCUUAUUUAGCUUUUCAGCAGACCAAACAAACUGCUAAAGCUCUUCAAGCGCUAGAGACUGCUGCAUCGAUAUACGAGUUUCAUGAUAAACAUGUAACUCGUGCUGCUCGUGUAUACGAACAAUUGGCAAAACUAUAUGAAAAUAAAACAAGUGCUCAACUUGAUUUGCAAAAAGCCCUCACGAUGCAUCAAAAAGCAGCGGAGUUAUUUGAAAGGGAAGGUGACAACCGUCAAUUUUUCUCGUUAAUCUCUCAAAUCGAAUUGAUGGCUGAAUUGGGUCGAUACGAAGAAGCUAUUAAAAUAUUAGAAAAUGUGAUUGCCACCGCGGCUAACGAUCGAGUUUUAAGUUUUAAAGUAAAAGACUAUUGUUUUCUUCAAUGUGUUUGUUUGAUUGCUCUACGUGAUUGGAUUAGGGUCGAAAAACAGUAUGAGGAACUUUGUCAACUUUAUCCUUCUUUUGUGGAUAGUAGAGAAUCUAAAUUAAUUAAGAAAUUAAUUGAAUCAAUAAACGCCUAUGACACAUCAGCUUUUGCAACCGCAUGUCAAGAGUAUGAUACAUUGACUCCUUUCCCACCGUGGCAGAUUGAGAUCUUGUUGCAAGCUAAGAAAGGUUUAGAAGUUGAGGAUUUUCGUUGA